ACGCAGAGCCACGGGCAGCGGCCGCGAUUCCCAUCGCCUCUCUAUGGGGCCGAUAACAGUGAGGGAAUAAAGGCCGCUCACGCCGGCGGGCGCCGUGUUUUCUGUCUGUGGCCUGUCGGACAGACUGGGCGCCAUCUUUGACCGUCGGCGAUGCGUGUCCUCCUGGUUCUGGCGCUGGCCCAGGCGGCCCUCGGUACCUGGGUGGACGUCGACGAGUGGGCUAACUUCAAGCGCGCCCACGGUAAGAACUAUGCCGACCAGUUUGUCGAGCUGAAGCACAUGCAGACGUAUGCGGCCAACAAGGCGUACAUCAACAAGCACAAUGCGGAGGCCGACGCCGGUCUGCAUACGUACCGCCUGGGAAUCAACAAGUACGCCGACAUGACCAACGAGGAGUUCAGCGCCCUGAUGACACGCCGUAAGCCGGCCGGGCUGCACCGGCAGCAGCAGCAGCACGGCCGUCCGUUCGUCGGCACCGGCCUGACCGCCCCCGAGAGCAUCGACUGGCGCGACCAGGGCGCCGUCACGCCCGCCAAGGACCAGGGCCAGUGCGGCUCGUGCUGGUCCUUCUCCACCACCGGCUCCCUGGAGGGCAUGUGGAAGCUGGCCGGCAACGACCUGGUGUCGCUCUCCGAGCAGCAGCUCAUGGACUGCAGCUUCUCCUACGGAAACAACGCCUGCAACGGCGGCGAGAUGCGCUACUCGUUCGAGUACCUGACCGACAUCGGCGGCAUCAUGUCCGAGGCCGACUACCCGUACGAGGCGCGCACGCACCACAACCGCUGCAACUACGACCCGGCCAAGUCGGUGGCCGACUGCACUGACUUUGUCAUCAUCCAGACUGACGAUGAGAGCAAGCUGCUCGACGCCGUCGGCAACGUCGGCCCGGUCGCCGUCGGCAUGGACGCGUCGCACCUCGACUUCCAGCUGUACUCGAGCGGCAUCUACAGCAACGCCAACUGCGGCACCGCGAUCUCCGAGCUCGACCACGGCGUGCUGGCUGUCGGCUACGGCACCGAUGCCGAAGGCGACUUCUGGCUCGUCAAGAACUCGUGGGGCGCCGAAUGGGGCAUGGAUGGCUUCUUCAAGAUGGCCAGGAACGCCAACAACAUGUGCGGCAUUGCCUCCGACUGUGUGUACCCCAUCAUAUAAGUUCUUUCGGACGGUCUCGGUCGGCGCCGAGACGGUGUCAGUGUCGGUGGGAGGGGAGAUAAGUGUGGGAGCCCAGCAUGUGUGACAUCGCAUCUCGAGGCCGGCAGUCCUCGAGGGGUGGGUGCCUGUCACCUGGCGCCUUCCGGCAGGGCCUCCCGCGCCGCUGUGACCGAUCUGUCCGCUUCUCACGCACUGUGUAACCGAUGAGACCUGAGCGCCGCGCACUCCAUCACAACUCGGCUGUUCCAUUGCGGCAAUAAAACCAGCCCGCAGGUA